GAGCUAAGCGCAGCCAUGUCGGCGGCCCUGCUGCGGCGCGGCCUGGAGCUGCUGGGCGCGCCCGAGGCCCCCGGAGCCGCGCCCGGCCAGGCUAAGCCCAGCGGGGCCCCGGAGAAGCGGCCUCGGAAGGCGAAGUCGAGCCAGGCCCAGAAGCUGAGGAACUCGGCCAAGGGGAAGGUGCCCAAGUCGGCGCUGGCUGAGUUCCAGAAGCGAGAGCGUCGAGGCUACCUCGGAGUAAACCUGAAGUUUAUGACCAGUGCUCGAAGCACCGUGGCUGAGUCCGUCACCCAGCAGAUUGUGCGUCAAAACCGGGGCCGAAAGGCCUGUGACCGGCCUAUGGCCAAGAAGAAGAAGAAGAAGAAGGCCGAGGGCACCGUGUUCACCGAGGAAGACUUCCAGAAGUUCCAGCAGGAGUACUUCGGCAAUUAGGCUUCUGGGAGGGCCCAGCCAGAGAGGCACUCGGGCCGGGCCUCCUCCUCCUCCGACCUCACAGCCUCUGCUGGCCCCAGGCCCCUGCUGAGUACAGUGCGGACAGCAGAUCGCAGCCCAAGGCCAGCCUAGCUCAAGGAAGCCCUGGAGCUGGAGCCAGGGGGAGGCUGGAGUGGAGCUGGAAGCCUGGGGAGGAUUGACGUUCACACCGGAGCUGACAUCUGCAGGCUCGAGAGGGAGGAGUCAUUUACCUGCCAGAAAGGAACAUUUCUGACUGUUGUGUUUGCUUUGGCCCAAGUAGGGCCUCUGGGCUGUUUGCUGUGGAAGCCCAGUUGCUGGGCCCUCCCACCUCUAGGAGUGGGAGAAGGGUGCUGGAGAGGCCAACAGGUUCUAAUAAAUGGGCCCAAGAACUGUG